AUGGAGAAGCAAUCAAAUAGGUCUCAUCGGCCUGGCAAGGAGAAGAAGAAAUAUGAAGGUCAAAAUCCCAGGGCCUUUGCCUAUGCCAACCCGGGCAAGCUCGGUAAACAGGCUGCGCGAUCUGGUGAUGUCAAGGAAAAGAGACUCCAUGUGCCCCAGGUAGAUCGCAUGCCGGAGGAGGCUCCCCCAACAGUCGUUGCGGUUGUUGGACCUCCCGGUGUCGGCAAGACUACUCUCAUCAAGUCCCUCAUUCGUCGGUAUACAAAGCAGACACUCAGUUCGCCCCAGGGUCCAUUGACCAUCGUGACAUCCAAGAAAAAGCGUCUCACCUUCCUCGAAUGUCCCUCCGAUUCUCUCGCCGCCAUGAUUGAUGUUUCUAAGAUCGCCGAUAUCGUGUUACUUAUGAUCGAUGGUAACUACGGAUUUGAGAUGGAAACCAUGGAAUUCCUGAACGCCUUGUCCACAAGUGGUAUGCCGGGUAACGUCUUCGGAAUUCUUACGCAUCUUGACCUGUUCAAGAAGCAAAGUACAUUGAAGAUGACCAAGAAGCGACUCAAGCAUCGUUUCUGGACCGAACUUUACCAGGGUGCCAAGUUAUUCUAUCUUUCUGGUGUAAUCAAUGGCCGAUACCCCGAUCGUGAAGUGCACAAUCUCUCCCGAUUCCUGUCGGUUAUGAAGAACCCACGUCCGCUGAUCUGGCGAAACUCCCACCCUUAUGCGCUGGCAGAUCGAUUUUUGGAUAUCACACCUCCAACAAAGAUUGAAGAAGACCCGAAGUGUGACCGUACGGUUGCACUCUACGGUUAUCUUCGAGGUACUAACUUCCCAGCGAAUGGUGCUCGAGUCCAUGUUCCUGGUGUUGGUGAUUUGACUGUCUCUGCCAUUGAGGGAUUGCCUGAUCCCUGCCCGACUCCCUUCAUGGACCAGCAAAUUGCCAAGUCAAGUGGAAAAUCCUCACGACGUAAGCUGGGUGAGAAGCAGAAGCUGCUUUUUGCCCCCUAUGAUGCUGUCUACAUUGAUAUCAAGACAAACACUUUCAACCGAGGCUCGGAUGACGAAGACUCGGAAGACGAGAACCGCGGCCUUGGCGAGCAGCUCGUUGUUGGUCUCCAGGGCGAGCGACGUCUGCUGGGUGAGGGUGAUCAAGGUGUCCGUCUAUUCCGCGGUGGUGAGGCAAUCUCCAAGGAUGAUGCAGAGGAAGAGUCUGGUCGUAAGCACCGCAGACACGCUCGACUCGCCGAUUCCGAGCGUGUUCAGGCGGCAUCUGAUGACGAGGAUCUCGAGGGCGACGAAGACGACGAGGAGGCUUCCGAUGAUGAGGACGAAGAAGGUGAUUUUGACGACGACGAAGAUGAAGUCGACGUUUCUGCACCAGCGGAUUUCGAAGCCAGCUUCAAAAAACGUCAGACUGAAAAUGAUGGUGAGGGUGAUGAUGUCGCUUUUGCCGACAGUGACUCCGAUCUUGGUUCAAUUUCAGGCGAUGAGCAGGAUUUGGAAAGUGACGAUGACGAUGACGAGAGCGACGAAGACGAAGAGGGCAACGCUCGAUGGAAAGAGAACAUGCUUGACAACGCAAAGGCUCUCCACGGCAAGCGACCUCCCUUCCGUGUCACUGAUCUAUCUCGCAUGAUGUAUGAUGUAUCUAUCAGUCCUGCCGACGUUAUCCAAAUUUGGCGUGGCGAGGAUGGAGAUGAUGAAUCAGACGAGUCGGACAUUGAGGCUGAGGAGGGCGAUGACUUCUUCAAAAAGACAAACACCGAAAAGGAGGACCAAGCUGAUUACCGUGCUGUUCCCGAAUACGACUACGAUGAGCUUGAGCGCAAGUGGCGCGACGAGGAGCUGAUCGAGUCAUUGAAGCAACGCUUUGUUACUGGCAAGCUUGGUGGUGGUGGUUCGGAUGAUGACGACGAUCUGGACGACUUCGAUGACGAGGACGAGGAUGAUGAGGGCGACGGUGCCUUCGAAGACUUGGAGACUGGUGAGGCCUUUGACGGCUUCGACGACAAUGACGACGAGGAUGGCGACGAGGAUGAUGAAGACGAUGACGAGGCAGAGCCCGAGGGCCCUGUUGACUUGGAAGCCGAGCGUGAGCGCAAUGCAAAGAAGAAGGAGGAGCUGAAGCUUCGCUUUGAGGAGGAAGAUCGUGAAGGUUUUGGAAACGCUAAAGAAGGCACGCGUGAUGGCGGAGAUGGGGAGUUCGGCGAGGACGACUGGUAUGACAUGCAGAAAGCAAAGAUGCAAAAGCAGCUCGAUAUCAACCGUGCGGAAUUCGACAACCUUGACCCAAGCUCCCGUGCCCGAGCUGAAGGCUACAAGGCUGGAACCUAUGCCCGAAUUGUUUUGGAGAAAGUUCCAUACGAGUUUGUUAGCAAGUUCAGCCCUCGUUUCCCUAUCAUCGUCGGAGGCUUGGCUCCCACUGAAGACCGCUUUGGAUAUGUGCAAAUCCGUAUCAAGCGUCACCGUUGGCACAAGAAGAUUCUGAAGAGUAACGAUCCCCUCAUCUUCUCUCUUGGUUGGCGUCGCUUCCAGUCCAUGCCCAUCUACAGCACUUCGGACAGUCGAACAAGAAACCGUAUGCUGAAAUAUACACCUGAGCAUAUGCACUGCUUUGGUGUUUUCUACGGCCCUCUGGUCGCUCCUAACACUGGUUUCUGCUGUGUUCAAUCGUUCUCAAACAAGAACCCUGGCUUCCGCAUUGCCGCUACUGGUGUCGUCUUAAAUGUCGACGAACACACCGAGAUUGUCAAGAAAUUGAAACUCACUGGUGUGCCAUACAAGAUCUUCAAGAACACCGCUUUCAUCAAGGAUAUGUUCAACUCUGCCUUGGAGAUUGCCAAGUUCGAAGGUGCCUCUAUUCGUACCGUAUCCGGUAUUCGUGGUCAGAUCAAGCGAGCUCUUAGCAAGCCCGAUGGUUACUACCGUGCCACCUUUGAAGAUAAGAUUCUAAUGAGUGAUAUUGUCUUCUUACGGGCCUGGUACCCUAUCAAGCCCCACCGCUUCUACAACCCUGUCACCAACCUUCUUGACCAAGAAGAAGGUGGCUCUGGUGACAGUGGCUGGCAGGGAAUGCGUUUGACUGGUGAAGUCCGUCGUGAUCAGGGUAUUCCUACCCCGAUGAACAAGGACUCAGCAUACCGCAAGAUCGAGCGCCAGGAGCGUCACUUCAACCCUCUUCGUGUGCCUCGCCAAUUGGCCGCCGAGCUUCCCUACAAUUCUCAGAUCACCAAGAUGAAGGCUCGCAAGGACCAGACCUACAUGCAAAAGCGUGCUGUUGUUCUUGGAGGCGAGGAGAAGAAGGCUCGCGAUCUUAUGCAGAAGCUGACUACUAUGCGCAAUGAAAAGCAGGCUAAGCGUGCGGCUAAACAGGAAGAGCGCCGCCAAGUCUACCGUGCUAAGGUUGCUGAUAGUUUGGAGAAAAAGGCAGCUCGUGAGAAGAGAGAGCGCAAUGACUACUGGCGCCGCGAGGGCAAGAAACGCAAGAAUGACGACGAUGCUGGCGGUGGUGGAAAGAAGCGCAGAUGA